UUAUUAUUAAAUUAUUUAACAACAAAGCAAUCCAAAUCAUCCAUAUCGUUGAAAUUGAUAAGUUGUGAAAGAUGCAUUAGUAACUACAUGUUUAAAUCUCAGGUUUAGACUCGAUUAAACUAAAUCCUUCGUAGAGGUAAUGGCGUUUUCCACCCAGAGAGAGAUUCUAAAUUUCCCUUUCCGUAACGAGGAACCCACCAUACCGGACAGAAAACGUAGCGAUUGUCAGUUGAAGUCCUAUGAGUCGUGUACCGAUGUGAGAGCUUGGUCUAUGAACCCGAAAGUGACCGCCAAGUUCCUGUUGGACGUUGCACACAAAUCUCGCUACCGGAGGAAACUUCCGCGGCCUAGAAGUAGUGACGGUCAGCUAACCAAAGCGUACCUUCAACAACUGGAUGUUGAAGAAUUGUUGGAUUAUGUGAUGAAUCUUAUGGUGGAACUCGAGGAUGUGAAAUCAAAAGUACAGCUACUGGAGGCUCAUCAAAACCCUAGACAAGUUGGCGAAAUUGAUUCAACAUACGAUCCGGACAAAGAAGAGAAGCAGCUAAUUUCAAAUUUAAAGACCAUAAUAUGUUACAAGACAUUACUGAUUGCUUUGAUAGUCACGUUUAUGAUCUUAAUAAUUUUGAAUCUAGUAAUAUUGGUUUGUUCGAAGUGAACGACCUGUAAGCAAUUUAGCCUGUUUGACCCAUUUAGAUUAGUUUAGGCCUAUAAAUAAGAUAACUAUUCAGCACAACAA